AGUUGGAGGGAGGCAGGGAAUUCAGCUGAGCUGGUGUGCUGGGGCACACCUGGCGCAACCCGCUCCUUUCUGAAUCCCGAGUCCAAGUCUCUCGGAGGCUGCAAUUAUGAAGGAGAGACGGGCACCCCAGCCAGUGGUGGUCAGAUGUAAGCUCGUGCUGGUGGGAGAUGUGCAGUGUGGGAAGACAGCGAUGUUACAGGUGCUAGCGAAGGAUUGCUACCCGGAGACCUAUGUGCCUACUGUGUUUGAGAAUUACACAGCUUGUUUGGAGACAGAGGAACAGAGAGUGGAGCUUAGUCUCUGGGAUACAUCAGGAUCUCCCUACUAUGACAAUGUCCGCCCACUCUGCUACAGCGACUCAGAUGCAGUAUUACUAUGCUUUGACAUCAGCCGUCCAGAGACAGUGGACAGUGCACUCAAGAAGUGGAGGACAGAAAUCUUAGAUUAUUGUCCUAGCACCCGUGUUUUGCUUAUUGGCUGCAAGACAGACCUGAGAACAGACCUGAGUACACUAAUGGAGCUGUCUCACCAGAAGCAGGCACCUAUCUCUUAUGAGCAGGGAUGUGCAAUAGCCAAGCAGCUGGGUGCAGAAAUCUAUCUGGAAGGCUCAGCUUUCACUUCAGAGAAGAGUGUCCACAGCAUCUUUCGGAUGGCAUCCAUGGUGUGUUUGAACAAGCCUAACCCAGUGCCCCCAAAGAGCCCUGUCAGAAGCCUCUCCAAGCGACUACUCCACCUCCCCAGUCGCUCUGAACUCAUCUCUUCUACCUUCAAGAAGGAAAAGGCCAAAAGCUGUUCCAUUAUGUGAAGUGGGAGUUGGGAGGGGGAGAUAACCCCCCACUUCCUCCCUUAGGGUGCAGAGGCACGGGGAGAGGGAGGAUGAGACAAUUUAGGACACUGGACAUGAGUUUUCAGAUGGCCACUGUGAGGGCUUGGAAGGAGACAGGAAUGGUAUGAGGAUGGAGCCAGGCCUGGCAUGAGGACCUGACAUUGAGCAAGAACCAUCACACCCCAAGCCAGACACUAGGUUUGGAGGGGGCAGCUGCCCCAGUGCCCCUCACUCCAGAGGAAGAAAAGGUGUGGGGGAGUGGGGGGGCAUGUUGGCCUCAUGGGCUUGGGGGCCUACAGGAGCCUCACCUUCAGCAUCAUGCCUGUUCCACACAGUGUUUCCAUGCAGGCUGGGGGAUGGGAGGGGUCCCUGAGCCCUUCUCUUCCCCUCUAAGCAGGUGGCAGAGGAAUGGAGAGUGGGGAAGCCAAGAGACAGCUCCCUUGGGAGCUUAGCCCAGGUGCUUUGCAAUGAAAUCAGAGGGGCAGGGGCUGGUCAGAGCUGAUGAGAAGGAAACCUCAUCUUUACAUAGCCUCAUGAAGAGGUGACAUCAUACAUUCACAUGCUUCUCACCUAAGUCCCCAGGGUCCAAGGGAGAAGCCCCAGACCCCCUUCUCUUGCAGAGUGUGGGGGUGGUGGUGCUGCAGGGGCAGGGCCGGGUGGGGGUCACCAGACUUUUCCUGCUCUUAGGGCAGUACAGCUGGCAUUUGUUUUAUAGACUCUUGUCUUUGGAAUUGGGGGGAGGGGGGAGUGUUUCAAUCUGUUAUAUGUUCUGUGUUUAAAGAAGAAAACCUAUUUAUUAAUGAAAAAUAUAACACAUAUAAA